AAAAACUGGCAACUUCGGAAUUGUUUGAUUGUAUAAUGUAGAAGCUUCUUUACCUUUAGUAAUAAAGGUUCUUGUUAUUGAAGUUUGUAAUCUAAAAAUUAUUAUGGCUGUACAGCCAAAAUUGCAUUUGAGCCCAUUUGUGCUCUCCACUGUAAUGUUUGAUAACUCCAACAGUCCUGGUGAUCAAGAAGGCUUCUUGAUUGGAAAUGCACAGAAGUGUAUUAGGCGAGAAAUUAGUGAUCAGUCAAUGUAUAAUACCGAAGAGGAUCUAAUUGUCAGCAUUUAUUCAUGCAUUCCUUGUGGGGCUUAUAUGUCAUUUUAUGAUAGUUGUGGCAAUGUGAAAGAGUCUGUUGUUGAUGAUUUUUUAGGAGAAAGAAAAAAUUCUGUAGUUGGCUGGUACCGUUACCGAAGAAAUCUUGUUGCUUUUCCAAGUGCUCGAGAAAUGAUAGUGCAUAAAAAUUUGAGAAGGCUAUUUCCUGGAAAUAUUUUUUUCAGUGAUGAACACCUUAUUCUGGGUGUAUUUGGCUCUGCUUGUUAUCCUACCACUGCUACUCAUACCUAUGAUUAUGCAUUUUUUGUUCAAAAGGCAGAUGUUUUCAAAUCCUUGGCAAUUAAUUUAUUGAACCUUGGGGAUACUAAAUCUAAGUAUAGAGGUGGUUCAUUAUCUGGUUCAUUUAUUAAUUCAUCAACUUUUGAUUCCGUUGUGGAUAUUCCUUGGGAUUUUACUAGUUGUUGGCAAACUGAAGAUGCUGUGCAACAAAUGCAUAAAAUGCUGCGAGAUAAAUGUGAUAGUUUGGCUGAAGAGCUGGCAGCUUCAGAAUCUGUCAACAGCAUGAUUGAGCAGGAAGUGCAGAAACUGGAUGCAGAAUUAGAAAGUCUUACUAUAAAAGCUUUGGAACCUGCUGAACCAGUUGAUCAGGAGAAGGAACAAGAUGAAAAGCAAGAAAAUUCUGAAAACAUUCCUCCAGAACAGCUGUAUCUGCCAUUUAUGGGAAAACAUGCAAAAAUUAUGGGAAAACAGGCAAAAAUGUUUGGAAAACGUAACUUGAAAGAUUUGAUAGAUCUUCAUGAGGAGUUGCAUCCUUUGUAUGGUAAAUACUUUCCUCAAAACCGAGCUUCAGAGCCAGGUACAUCAUCAUCAUCAUCAUAUUUCAGUGGAGAAGUUUCUGGAAUUAACUACAAUUUCUUACCCCCAAAGAAGAAAAUCAAAGUUAUCCUUCAAGAAAGAAGAAGAAUUUUGGAUCAUGAUUAUGAGGGUGUUUCUGAUGAUGAUCCUCCUCAGCAAUUUGUGCCAGAAACUGAAGAAGCUGAUAGCUCUAAUACAUAUAACACAUGCUAUGUAGCUUCUGAUGCAGCUGAAGGUAUCGAUUAUAAGCAGAUUGUUGAUUGUUAUGAAGUUUCCAAGAAGAUUUCUGGUCAACCAUCUGGUGUAAAAGCUUUUAAGAAACCUCGAUCUAUAAUUUUUGGAGAGCCAAAAGUGAAAGUAGUGUACCUUGAUGAACAGAAAAAUAUUCCUGAUCUUGGUGAUGACGCUAAUAUUCAAUGCCCAGAAGCUGUUGUUGAAGAAAUAGUCGAAACAGUUGAAUCGGAAAAAUCAAGUGUUGAAUCACCAUCCUCCUCAGAUUCUGAAUCUAAAAUUACAAACAUACCAGAGGACCAUGAAACUGUGCCAAAUAAUGAUGAUAACAAAAUUCAGCCGGAGGAAGAGCAAACUGUGCCAAGUAAUGAUGAUAACAAAAUUCAGCCGGAGAAAGAGCGAACCGAUUCCACUUCACAUGGCUCCUCUUCUGGAGAACGUGGGAGACCUCUGGUUAUUUACUGCAAGCCACCUGACCAAGAUGAAGGGGCAUCCAAGGCCACAAUUUAAAUUUUAAAAUUUUAAUUUCAUUUUCAUUUAAUUUUAUUUCAUGUAUGUUUAAAUCCAUCUUGUAAAAGUGAAAUCAUUUUAAACUUUUUUUAAUGUGUUUUGUUAUUAAGUUAUUAAAUGUCAAAAAAUUUA